AUGGCGGGGGGGUCCCCACCGGCCCCCUGGGGGUGGGCGGUGGUGGGGGGCGCCUUCCUGCAGUCGGGGCUGGUGUUCGGGGGGCUGCGGGCGCUGGGGCUCUGCCUGGGGGCGCUGGGGGGGUCCUUCGGGGGGGGGGCAGGGGCCGUCGCCUGGGUGGGCUCCGCCGCCAUCGCCGCGCUGCAACUGGGCGGACCCCUGGCCAGCUCCCUGAGCACCCGCUUCGGCGCCCGCCCCGUGGUCAUGGCCGGGGGCUUCCUCACGGGCCUGGGGUUCCUCCUGGGGGCCUUCGCCACCCACCUGGCCCACCUCUACCUCAGCGUGGGGCUGCUGGCGGGCCUGGGCUGGGCGCUGGUCUUCACGCCCUCGCUGGGGACCGUGGGCCGCUACUUCCCGGCGCGGCGCGCGCUGGCCACGGGCUUGGCCAUGUCGGGUGCCAGCGUCUCGGGGCUGGCCCUGGGACCUCUGGUCCCUCUUCUGCUGGACACCUACGGCUGGCGGGGGGCCCUGCUCCUCCUGGCCGCCAUCUCCUUCAACCUGAUGGUCGCCGGCGCCUUGCUGCGGCCUCUGGAUGUCCCCAGCGAGUCGCCGGGGCCGCCGCGGGGCCAAACGGGGUUGUCGCGGCUGCUGCGUCACGGCCCCUUCCUCCGCUACGCCUUGGCCUUCGUGCUGGUGGACGCCGGCUACUACGUGCCCUACGUCCACGGGCCAGCCCGCGCCCACGAGGUGGGGUGCGACGAGCGCCGGGCCGGGCUGGUGAUGGCGGCGACGGCGGUGGCCGACGGCAGCGGGCGGGUGGUGGCGGGCUUGCUGGCCGCCCGCCCCACCGCCCCUUUGCUCCGCCACCUCUUCGGUUGGUCCGUGCUGACGGGGCUGGCGCUGCUGCUGCUGCCCUUGGGGACCUCCUUCGGGGGUCUCCUGGCCUUGGCCUUGGCCUACGGGUUCUGCGCCGGC